AUGGCAUCUUCAGCCUCUACUGGGGCUCAUUUGGAUGCGACUGAAGCCCGCGAAGUGGUGUAUUGCCAUGCAUGCUCGGCGGAAUGGUACAGAGAUGAUGCAGGGCUGAUAUGCCCAUCAUGCGAAAGCGAGGCCACAGAAAUUAUAAGCUCUGAUAAUGAUCCACGAGCGAUACAAACCCCCGCAUCAGACUCGCCAUCGUCCCCAUUUCAAUAUGACGACGACGAUGACUCUGAUCCAGAAGAAGCCGACAUAGACGAUCACCUAGCGCAGCAUGGAUUCUUACACAGCACAAACACUAGGGCAGGGGAUACUGCACAGCACCAUAACCCGAAUGCCGACGAAGCCAUGGAUCGUUUCUUGGAGAUGAUUGAGCGUUUCGGGGGCCUUCCCGUCCGAACAGCAAACCAGGGCCCAAUCGUCCGCCAGACUACAUUCACAUCUAAUAGUGGCAGCACAGCGAGACUUACAAUCUUCUCUACGACGAACCGUAGGCAGAUGGCCCCGGAGCAGCCACGACCGCCGCGUCGCCCUAGAGAUGCUUUCCAAGCAAUGUUUGACACAAUUAUGAGAGGAGCAGAAGGGCGCGAACUUGGCGCAGAAGAUGCACAGCUAGCCCGAAGCCUGCGUGGGAUUCUGGAUAUUUUCAAUCCAGCAAAUGGAGUAGCUGGUGACGCAGUCUUUACAGAAGAGGCAUUCGAUAGUGUGAUAUCGGCUAUGAUGGACACGCAGUCACAGCAAUCGGGUGCACCACCAGCAUCGGAGCAAAGCCUCUUGAAUCUGAAAAGGCAAGCAGUAACGGAAGAUAUCCUUUCUGCUGAGGAUAAAAGAGAAUGCUCCAUCUGCAUCGAAGAGAUGAAAGUUGGUGACACUGCAGUGAUUUUGCCUUGCAAGCACUGGUUUCAUGACGAAUGUAUCACAAUGUGGCUUAGAGCACACAAUACCUGCCCAGUCUGUCGUAGCUCUAUUGAAGAGCCAGGUGAAGCCCCUACGAACACAGCUGCUCAAGCAAGCGCGGAUGCUGGUACGGCGCAUGUAGGACCGGAGCAGAACACCGCUGAUCCUGGAAUUGGCAUGUCAACUGGUUACUCGCCAUACGCAUCUGCUAGGCAAACAGGAGGUUACGGUGCUGAUAGCAGCCAGGCUGGGCCAUCUCGCGUGAGUUGGCGGACCUCUCGAGCACCGGCCUCUCCUUUCACAUAUGACACCUCGAGCUUGCAACGACGGACAUCACAUUCGCCGUCAAGUCCGAGAGAUAUGGCGCCAGGUGAGCACGCGGCAAGAAUUAGGCAACGUAGCCCGUCAGCUCAGAACCGCCCAAACAGUCAAGAUGACGAUACAGCGCCACAAAGUCAAAACACUGGAGGUCCGUUAAGCUGGCUGCGUAACCGAUUUUACGGAAGUGGUGGCUCUUGA